AUGAAAAUGGAUUAUUUUUGGGUUAUAAAUUUGUUUGUAUUAAUUAUUACUUUGAGUAAUUAUACAAUAAUCGUAAGUUGUUUAAAAAAAAAAGAAGAAAUAAAAAAUGGUGAUAUAAAAAUUAUAACUUCAGAUUUAAAUGAAACCGUGACAUUAAGUUGUGAUGAUGAAAAAUCAAUUCAUAUUUUUGAUGCUAGUUAUGGAAAUCCAACCCUUGAUAAACUUUUGAUAAAAAAAAAUUCGUUUGAUGCCCCCCACACAUUACCAGUUAUUCAAAUGAUAUGUGAAGGGAAAAAAAACUGUGAUAUAAAAGUAAAUAAUGAAACGUUCAAAAUAUUAUCCUUAAUAACUGAUUUCCAUAAACUUCUUAUAAAAUAUACUUGUGUAUCUAGUAACUUGGAACCUUUUCCAUCAUACAAAGUAAAAGCAAAAAGAGGAGAUGAUUAUACUUGGAAUGUCGAAUUUCAAGGAGAAACGUUAAAUAAGGAAACAUAUCUUCAUGUUAACAACAUAAAUGCUACUUGUGAAGAACCACUAGUCAAAAAAACAUAUGUAGACAUAAACGAAGCAGAAUAUGAAUGUAACAAUAUGAAAAAUUGUGUUUAUGUAAUAUUUAAUUACGAUGGUUAUACAUUAUGUGCUUCUCUAUCAUAUAAGAAUGCCACUAUUCAAAAAAAUUCCAAGAUUUAUAUUAAAAUGUUUUACAUAAAUGGGAAUAUUCCUUCCAAUUUUGAAGUGUUUCCAAAUAUACAAGGAGUUUGUGAAAAGGAUGAAAUUAUAUAUGAAAUGGAAACAGUUUUGAACUUGGAUGAUAUAUAUAAGAAAUGCAAAGAAGUAGAUUGUGAUUAUUUUACCAUGUCUACCUCUAAUGGUAUAAAAGGGGCUUCCAAAAGUUUCAGGAAUUAUGCAUGGUUUUGUAAAGGGUUUCCUAAAUAUGUUUCUCAUGAAGGAUUUCUCUUUGGAAAAAAUUAUAAAAAUUCUAAGGAUCCAAAGAAAAGAAUAACUUUCAUGAAUUAUGAAGGACCUUUAAGAUGA